AUGCCAAGAACUAUGAUUUUACAACCCUUAUCUGAGACUGAGCUGGAUGAAAAUAUCGCAGAUGUAUUAAAAGGAGCUUUAGGACGAAUACGUUCGUUACUAGACACUAUUAAAGCAGAUGAAACUAUGACCUUUGAUGAAUUUCUUGAAAAGUUAGAUUUGUCGGAACAGCAAUAUAUAAAGUCUAUACGGCUUUCUCUUAAACAUAAUACUUUGUUAUUGAAACGAUCGCCAGCCGAGAUAAGAAUUAACUGCUAUAAUCCAAACUUACUCAAAGCUUGGCAAGCCAACAUGGAUAUUCAAUUUGUACUAGAUCCUUAUGCGUGUGCUGUUUAUAUCCUUUCAUAUAUUACUAAAGGUCAAAGGGGAAUGAGCAAGCUACUUCGUAAGGCAUGUGAGGAAGCAAAAGAAGGCAAUAAAAAUAUUGUUAACAAAGUGAGACAUAUUGGUAACAAAUUUCUCAAUGCUGUUGAAAUAAGUGCGCAAGAAGCUGCUUACUUAGUUCUACAGAUGCCUUUGAGAAGAUCAUCUCGAGAAUUCCAGUUCAUCAAUACAUCUGAUCCAGAUGAAAGAACAUUUUUAUUAAAAAGCAUGGAUAAAAUUAAAGAACUUCCUGAUAAUUCAAUUGAUAUUGAGUCAGACAACGUCAUUAAAAGGUAUCAGCGACGACCAAAGCAACUGGAAAACGUCUGUUUAGCAGAUUUUGUUGCGUGGUAUAACUGCAAAAGCGACAACAAUGAGGAGGGAAAGCUUAAAACAAACUCACCUUUCACAGAUGAUUAUCUUUCAGAGAAUAUUGUAUAUGAUAAUUUAGAUGAUGAUGUUUCCGAUCUGGAACAAACGUCUGAGAAGGAUGAAUAUGAAAUGAAAGGAGGAAUAAUGCUAGUGAAGAGACAAAAACCAAGAAUAAUACGAUCUGUAAGAUUUAAUAAAAACAAAGAUACAGAAAAUUACUGUAGAGAACAAAUAAUGCUUUACACUGCUUGGAGAAAUGAAACCACAGAUCUUUUGAAAGACUUCCAGACUUACCAAGAUCGGUUUGAAGUCCUCAAAGAUGACAUCGAACAAAACAGAAAGCAAUACGAGAAUCAUACAUUAGUUCUUGAUCAAGCAGUACAAAAUAUUGAAAGUGAGGAAUUUGGUAACAUUGUUGCUCCAAAUGCACAAUAUCGAGAUGAACAAGAUAAAGACAUUGGUUCAAAAGUGAGUGAAUUAUUUGGAUGCUUUGAUCCAGGAAAAGAUAAGCAACAUACUGAAUACGACUUAAUUAACGAUAUUGGUAUAUAUCCAAGAACAAAUGAUGACGAAGAACUUGUACUGAAGAGAUUGAAAGAUGCUGAUUUUAGAAAACUUGUGCAAUCACUUAAUGUCGAACAAAAAGAGUUUUUUUAUCAUGUAUUGAACUCUGUUAAAACUGGUAAGCUACCAUUAAGACUGUUUUUAAGCGGAGGAGCUGGUGUAGGCAAAAGUACUGUUACAAAUGCUUUGUAUGAAGCUCUUAUAAGAUACUUAAAUGCUCAACCAGAAAAUGAUCCUGACAAUGUCAGUGUUGUAAAAGUUGCUCCAACAGGCAAAGCUGCAUUUAAUAUAAAAGGAAAUACACUUCAUUCUGCCUUUAAGAUUCAUGCAAACAGAGGUUUUAAUUAUUGCACACUUGAUAGAGAUAGAUUGAAUACAAUAAGAUCUCAAUUACAGAGAAUGAAAGUUGUGUUUAUUGACGAGAUAUCAAUGGUAGGCAGUGGCAUGUUUAAUUUUCUUGACUUACGAUUGCAACAAAUUAUGGGAACAAAAGAACCUUUUGGUGGUCUUAGUAUAAUAACUGUUGGCGAUUUGUUUCAACUUAAACCAGUCUUUGAUCAUUGGAUAUUUGAGAACUCAAAUGAUGGCUAUACGGCAUUAGCGACAAAUCUCUGGCAACGGUAUUUUCAAAUGUUUGAAUUAUCAGAAGUAAUGAGACAACGAGAAGACAAAGACUUUGCUGAAAUCUUAAAUCGUAUAAGAGAAGGGAAACAUACUGAAGCUGACAUCGAAGUUUUAAAAAAAAGAAUUUUGAAUCUUAGUCCGCAACAUCCCCAUUAUCCAAUUAAUUUCACUCACCUAUUUAGUACAAACAUGGCAGUCAAUCAACACAAUCAUGACAUUUUUCAUAAAUCUACAAAUGAGAAGGUUGAGAUAAAAGCAAUUGAUAUUGUACUUGGAGAUUUAUCUGAUGAGUUAAAAGAAAGGCUUAAGAAGCAAAUCCCGAACGAUCCUUCUAAAACCAUGGGAUUGUACUCAGUUUGUUCUAUACUUAAAGAUGCAAAGUACGAUCUUACGACAAACGUGUCAGUCGUUGAUGGUAUGACUAAUGGAGCUGAAUGUAUAAUUAAGAAAGUUGAUUACAGAGUACCAGGUUCAUCAAGACCAAGUAUUAUCUGGGUUUUAUUCCAAGAAGAACACAUAGGAAAUGAUUAUCGCAAAGAAUACUCUCAUCUUUAUAACCAAAGUAUUAAUAGACAUUGGGUUCCAAUUUUAGAGAUCACAAGACAGUUCAGAAGGCACCAAAUGCAAGUUCUUCGCCGGCAAUUUCCUUUAAGACCAUCUGCAGCUAAAACUAUUCAUCGUUGUCAAGGAGAUACAUUAACUAAUGCAGUUGUUGACCUUCCAUCAUCUAAACGAGAACAUAUGCAUUAUGUUGCACUUAGCAGGCUUACAAGCAUCUCGGGACUGCAUAUUCUGAACAUGAAUGAAAAUAAGAUAGCUGUGAGCAAAAAGGUGCAAGAAGAAAUGGAAAGAUUAAGGCAAACAGCAACACUAAAAAGUCAUAUUCCUUUUCUUUAUAAAGAUACAAGUGAAACAUUUAAGAUACUAUUUCAAAAUGUAAGAUCGUUACAUCUUCAUGUUGCUGAUGUUGCUACUGACUACAAUGUAAAGGCAGCGGAUAUCAAUAUCUUUGUAGAAACUGCUCUAUGUAGUAACGAUAACAAUGCAUUAUAUGAGAUUCAUGGCUUUCAACUAUUUAGAAACGACUUUAUGCCACAUGGUGGAAGAAUACCUUAUGGAACUGCUGUUUACGUAAAAAAUAAUGUUCAACUUAUCUCAGAACCUUUAAGGUGUAAUUAUAAUAAUGUUGAAAUGACGUUACUAAAAGCUAACCAACCAGUGAACAAUUUACAUAUCGUAGGAGUUUAUCGCUCUACAUCAAAGGUGAAAAUCUCAAGCUUCAUAAAUGCAUUAAAACAUUUGCAUUCUACUUUUUUAAAUGACCCAGAUACUCCUGUUAUAAUUCUUGGGGACUUCAAUGUUAAUCUAACUGAAAAUACAUCAGAUAAAAAUACACUUUGUAAAUACUUAAUCGAAGAAAAGCAGUAUGUACAGCUUAUCAACCAAGUGACAACCGACUAUAAAACACAAAUUGAUCAUAUCUACACUAAUAUCUCUGAAAGAGUAAAAAAUAGUGGUGUUUUGGAGUCAUACUUUAGCGAUCAUAAGCCUAUAUUUGUAUCACUCAUUUAA